GGGAAAUCCUCCGCCUCGGUGGCGGUGGUGGACACGUCGAGCCGGGUGGAAGUGGAGGGGCCGUUCGAAGAGUCCUGAGGGGGUGACGGGUUAAGAUUCGGAGAGAGAGGUGCUAGUGGCUGGACUUGACCUGGAAAGAAUCUUCUGCUGACUCUCAACUUUUCCUGGAAAAAAUGGAUCAUUCCCACCAUAUGGGGAUGAGCUAUAUGGACUCCAACAGUACCAUGCAACCUUCUCACCAUCACCCAACCACUUCAGCCUCACACUCCCAUGGUGGAGGAGACAGCAGCAUGAUGAUGAUGCCUAUGACCUUCUACUUUGGCUUUAAGAAUGUGGAACUACUGUUUUCCGGUUUGGUGAUCAAUACAGCUGGAGAAAUGGCUGGAGCUUUUGUGGCAGUGUUUUUACUAGCAAUGUUCUAUGAAGGACUCAAGAUAGCCCGAGAGAGCCUGCUGCGUAAGUCACAAGUCAGCAUUCGCUACAAUUCCAUGCCUGUCCCAGGACCAAAUGGAACCAUCCUUAUGGAGACACACAAAACUGUUGGGCAACAGAUGCUGAGCUUUCCUCACCUCCUGCAAACAGUGCUGCACAUCAUCCAGGUGGUCAUAAGCUACUUCCUCAUGCUCAUCUUCAUGACCUACAACGGGUAUCUCUGCAUUGCAGUAGCAGCAGGGGCCGGUACAGGAUACUUCCUCUUCAGCUGGAAGAAGGCAGUGGUAGUGGAUAUCACAGAGCAUUGCCAUUGACAUCAAACUCUAUGGCGUGGCCUUAUCGAUUGCAGUGGGAAGUUGAAGACUUGAAGACGUGAUUCCUGCUCCAAUCGUCCCUUCUUGCUCCUCUUUGUGCACGUACACACACACACACACACACACACACACACCUGCUCAACAGAGGUUUAGUUUACAGUCUCUGAACUAAAGUAGUAACCUCCCAAAUUGUUUUUUCUAAUAAGCUGAGAUUCCCAUUUCUCUUAAGGAGAAGCCACCCAUGAGAUGUCUUUUCCUUCUCCAUCAUCUUAGAGCCAAGUUAUAUGUUCUUGUCUAAUCCAUGUAGCUUUUUGUUCAAUGACUUGAUCAUCUGCUUCCUUUUUGAAUUUUUAACAGAUAGUAAGUAAAUUUGGUGGUUUUUUCCCCUGGGUCAGUGAUGGAAAGGGGUUAACUUCAGCCAGGACUGAUGGCAGCUGAGGGAAAUUCUUGCCCAACUAAACCCAGAACUCAAACUUAACAUUAGAAAAUAAGGUCCAGGGCCGGACACAGUGGCCCAUGCCUGUAAUCCCAGCACUUUGCGGGGCCAAGGCAGGCUGGAUCACCUGAGGACAGGAGUUCGAGACCAGUCUGGUCAACAUGGUGAAACCCCGUCUCUACUAAAAAUACAAAAAUUAGCCGGGCAUGGUGGUGGGCGCCUGUAAUCCCAGCUACUCAGAAGGUUGAGGCAGGAGAAUCACUUGAACCUAGGAGGCAGAGGUUGCAGUGAGCCAAGAUGGCGCCAUUGCACUCCAGCCUGGGUGACAAGAGUGAAACUCCAUCUCAAAAAAAAAGAAAAGAAGGUCCAGCUUUUGGAUUCAAUGAGUGGGAAAUACAUUGUGCCUUUCUCUAGAUGUGAUACGUUAUACCAAAAUCUUUGUAGUGUGCAGAGCGGUGGUUUGAGACUAAAUACAGGCUUAGAGCUUGCAGAGUGUGUAUUCUUGGAUGGCUGACGCAUCGACUUGCAUUCCCACUUAACACUUUGAUUAGCAUGAACUUGCCAAUCAAAAAAUGACAAUCAAUUUGAGAAAAUAGAAAUAGAUAUUUUAAAAUAAAACCAUUCACAGUUUA